AAAAACUUGUCAUCAUGCAUCAAUUAGGGGACGGUUAUCAUUCCGUUCACGUUAAAAAUGCAACAUCAAUGUUGAAAGAGAACUUUGUUUGUAUUACAAAUAACCGAUACAAAGCAAACGGCGAGAAAGUACAGUUCCGGUCACUGUCAUUUUGAAUAAUUCAAAUACCCCUUUUUUUAUACUGUAAUGACUUCUCGGGGCACUUUUUCCGACGAACCGUUGAGCCCUGCCGGUCGACUUUUUAUUGAUCCAAAAACAGACGUGGUCAUCCAUUGCAUAGCCGUUAGCAAAAACCCCAUUGACUUAGACGUAGCAAAGACGGCUCUAAAGUCAUCGGUGAUGGUCCAACACCCUAGAUUUUGUAGCCUGUUGGUUCGUGACGAAAACGGGUUCGAGCAUUGGCGAAGAACCGAGCUCGACAUCGACCGGCAUUUCAUCGUCAUCAACAACCGGCUCAAUAAAUCGGGUAAGUUCGUCGGAGAAAACGAAACCCAAGGUUUCGACGAUGAUGAUGGUGAUGGUGAUGGUGAAGGGGCGGUGAAUCAGUACGUAGCGGAUUUAUCGGUGAGCAGUCCGUUGAGUAUGGACAAGCCUUUGUGGGAACUACACCUUUUAAAGGCGCACAAUUGUGUCGUUUUCAGGAUUCAUCAUGCUUUAGGGGAUGGGUUUUCGUUAAUGUCCAUGUUGAUGGCCGGAAGCGGGAAGGUAGAUGUUCCCGCGGCGGUUCCUCCCAUUAAGACUGAGGGAAUUAAGAGCGGGAAAAGAAGGGACUGGUUCUGGUUGUUAAGUCUUCUCUGGGGGGUUUUUAAGAUGGUCCGUUACACUUUGGUGUUUGUGCUGGAGUUUGUGGUGAGGAGCUUGUUUGUGUGCGACAGGAAAACAGUGAUAUCAGGCGGCGACGGCAUCGAAUUCUGGCCGAGGAAAUUGGCCACCGCUAAGUUCUUGCUUGAAGACAUGAAGGAGGUCAAAAGGGCUAUUCCAAAUACAACCAUUAAUGAUGUUCUGCUUGCAAUGGUGUCAUCUGGACUAUCAAGAUACUUAGAGCACAGAACACCAAACGCCUUGCAUGAGGGCCUUCGUUUGACCGGGGUAGCCAUGGUUAAUGUAAGAGCAAAUCCAAGAUUGCAGGAACUAUCAAAAGUAAUGGAAAAGAAUUCAAAAGCAAGAUGGGGAAACAAAUUUGGUGCAACUUUGAUACCAGUUUUCCAUCACAAAGGUGGCAAUAAUCCUUUACAGUAUUUGAAGAGAGCAAAAGUGAUGAAUGAUAAGAAGAAACACUCCAUGGAGGCCUAUUUCACAUACAAAAUCAGGGAUCUUGUAAUGACCCUGCUAGGACCAAAGUAUGUUUGUUUGCUUUACUACAAACUCCUUUGCAAUACAACCUUCACUAUCUCAAACUUCGUUGGCCCUCUAAAGCAUAUCACACUUGCAGGCCACCCGGUUUCUAACAUUAAGUUCAAUACAUCUAGCCUACCACAGGCAAUCUCAAUGCACAUGUUGAGUUAUGCUGGUAGAGUUGAAAUGCAACUUCUAGUAGCUAAAGAUAUCAUCCCUGACCCAGAGUUUCUAGCUAAGUGCUUUCAAGAUGCCUUACUUGAAAUGAAAAUGGCAGCAAUUGCAACCAAUAAAGCAUAGAAAAACCUCAAAUCAAACAGCACAAGAAAAACGAUCACAUUUACGAUUUAUCACAUGAAUCUGAGGAAUCCCUUUUACCUUAUUCUGUUUUUACUGUUCUUUAAGCUCUUAAGACCAUGCAUAUUUUUUAGUCUGACUCUAAGUCCUAGGACUUUUGAGUUCCGACUACUGCAUCAGUAUCAGGACUCAUUGACUUCAUCAAAUGUUAAUUUAUUUGGUGGCUGUACGAGGAUUAUUCUAAAAGUAAUUUCAUGAUGAAAUUAUCAACUUCAGCCCUUAAAA